UCUAUCAACCGUUGUGGAUGACCACGACCUAAAGAACUGAGAUCUUUCUUGGCAUGUUGCAUUGUGAUGACAAACUGCCGACUCAUGAUGAGGGCAUGCUGUUUGGGCCGCCCAGUGGUGAACCUCUCCGUAUGACCAAGGACCUAAUAGGGUUAGAGUGUCCUGAAGUUUGCGCUCUGCCUGCACUGUCACUGAUGCAGGGCCAUUUGACCAUCCUGGAGCUUGCUGGCCUCACUGCCAUGGGGUUUUAGCCUUUUUUUCCUCCAAAAACGGACUGAAUCCUCACAGCUAAAUUUGUAGCUAGGGUCUUUGAAUGAAGCCCUAAGCCCCCUAAAAGCAUCACUCUUGACCACCACCGACAAGACUCUUCCAAACGAAGACUCUUCUUCCUUGGUCCGAGUCGGAUGAUGGGCAACCGCGGCUCCAGCCUGGACGACAUCCUCGCUGAGGACAUGCACCACUGGUACAACAAGUUCAUGCGCGAGUCGCCGUCGGGUCUCAUCACGCUGUUCGAGCUGAAGACCAUCCUGGGCCUGAAGGGCAUGACCGAGGAUGCCAACAGCUACGUGGACCAGGUUUUCCUCACCUUCGACCUGGAUGGGGAUGGUUAUAUCGACUUUGUGGAAUACAUCGCCGCCGUCAGUCUAAUGUUGAAGGGGGAAAUCAACCAGAAGCUGAAGUGGUACUUCAAACUCUUUGACCAGGAUGGAAACGGAAAGAUCGACAAGGAGGAGUUGGAGACUAUCUUCUCGGCCAUCCAGGACAUCACACGAAACAGAGAUAUCGACCCUGAAGAGAUCGUCACUCUCAUAUUCGAAAGAAUCGAUGUGAAAGGAGACGGUGAGCUGACCCUGGAGGAGUUCAUCGAGGGUGCCAAAGACCACGAAGACAUCAUGGACAUGCUGAAGAAUCUGAUGGACUUGACGCCGGUGUUGGUCAUUAUUGUGGAGGGUCGUAGGUAAUGAGGGGUCAAGCUGACCGGAAAACAAAACAAAAACUGUUUAAAAAAAAAAAAAAAAAAAGAACCUGCUUCAACCCCCAGAGAUUAGUCAGUGACGGACCGUCGUCUCCGGCGAUCAGGUGGGCAGAAAAACUCCAAACCAGAAAAUUUGGGAUUUGCCUGUAUACUGUAAAAGUAUAACACAUAGCUUUGAUUAUGCAUCUUUGACGAAAUUCAAUAUUAUAAAAAAGUUAAUGGCAAAGUGUAUUACUUUUCCUUAUAUAGUUAACUAUUGUGCCUAACACUAUAAGUUCUGUUCAUAAUAUUAACAUAGGCUACUUUAGGUCGUCAAUAAUCUAUCAAAUCAAAAUUAAUUUGGUCAUUUAUGCUGACUCACGACAUUUUUAUCUCUGCUGUCAUGUAUAUUUAGUGACACUAUUCCGCAGUGCAUGUUGUGGUUCUGCUGUGGCUCCGCUGGUUUUUGCUCUGAUCCUCUACACGGAUUGGCUUGUAAUGGAGAACCACAUGAAGCGCCUUUCAACAAAGACCAGUAGUCCUGUCCAUUGGGAAUCAUUUUCAAUGAAAGCUUAAGCCAACAAGUGUCUAGAUGAUUGAUGUGAAAAAAUAUUUUUUAAAGGAGAGACUAGUUUGAAAACUUUUUUAUACUGUGUUUGUAAUAAGAUCAAGAGGCUAACGUACAUUAAAUUCUAAACUUACUAUUGUGCUCCAGAGAAAAUGAGUAGAAAUUAAUAAUUACCUGCUAGUUGACAGCUGAGCUUGCUAGCAAUAGUGCUAACGUUAUUGUUCAUUUGAUUAGAAAUCACUGCUCAACUUGUAACUAACAGUUGGAUUCAGUUCAAAAUUUGUUAAAUUGGUUACAAUGACUGCUAAAUGACAGGUGAGCUGGUUAUAAUUCAUGUUAAACUAGACUACCUAAACCUGUGCUAACCUAGUAACUGAUACCCAAACUUGUUAGCAUCGGUGCUAAGAUGCUACUUGCUUGGUUAGUGAUUAAAUUACUUACAGUAUAAACUUAUGAUAGUUUAAAUGGUUCAAAUCACUUCUGACAAUUUAUCUAGCUUUAACUAAUUCUAUUUCAUUAUCUAAGUGGGAAAACCCUGUGGUAAACCUAGUAACUGAUGGCCUAACUUGUUAGCAUCAGCACUAAGAUUCUAAUUCAUUGCUUAAAAGAUGAGAAAUCACUGAUAAACUUAUGAUAGUUGAACUGCUUAAAAUCACUGCUAACUGACAAUUUAACUGGUUUCAAUGCUAUGCUACGAUCCAAGUGGGAAAACUGCUCACCUGGUAACUUAUAGCUGAACUCUGAAUACAGAGUCCUCUAGCACUUAAAGCAGUUUGAAUGACUAAUAUAGCAAUAGUCCGGUGCAAUGACCAUUGAGCAAAGGGCGCCGAGACUUCAAGGAGUGUAUGCAAGUUUAAAGUGACUAGUAGCGCGAUAAUCUGGGACAAUGUUGAUUGUGCAAAUGUUGCAGAUACUCCUCAGUCAGUGUGCAAGUGGUGCAGGUGCUACUCUGGCAUGAGUGGCCAGUAUUGGUCAACAGAUAUGCAAAUAGUGCAGCAUGACGAGACUACUACAGUGAGUGCACGAGUAGUAUAUAAUUGGCCCGACAGAAAUGUGAGAACAAACUCAAGACAAAAAAAAUGGCAGCAUGAAAGAGGGAAGAAGCUGUUGGAAUGUCUGCUAGUUCUAGUUUGCAUUGAUCAGUAGCGCCUACCUGAGGGAAGGAGCUGGAAGAGCUGGUUACCGGGAUGUGGAGGGUCCAAGAGGAUUUUGCAUGCUCUUGUCUUAGUUCGGGCAGCGUGGGUAGGGGGUACUUGCUUACAUUGUUUAGAAUCAGUGCUAAACUUGUAUCCCAUAGUUGAACUGGUUAAAAUCACUGAUAACUUAUAGUUGAAGUGGUUAUAACCAAUACUAACUCACUAUCAAAGUGGGAAAAAUGACUAAUCUGGUAACUGACAGCCACACUUUUUAGCAUCAGGGCUAAACUGGGUAGCUGCAAGUGGUAAUGUAAGUGCUAACCUGUUAAAUAGUUACUUAAAUUGGUUAGAAUCAGUGCUAAACAUGUAACUUAAAGUAGAACUGGUUAAACUCACUGCUAACUGACAAUUGAACUGAUUAUAACCAAUGGUAACCUACAAAGUGUGGAAAAAUCUGUGCUAAACUGAUGACUGACAGUCAAACGUUUUAGCAUCAGUGCUAAGAUACUAAUCAAUAACAAAUUUGGUUAAAAUCGCAAUUCUAACAAAUAGUUUACUGAUUGAAAUAAGUGUAUACUUGGGAAUUAAUCUCUGACCUGGUUGAAUUCAAUGCAAACCGGCUCACUAAUAGCUGAAGUGGUUUGCAAUGAGUACUAACGUGGACAGCCGAACUUGUUAGCAUCUGUGCUAAGCUGGUAACAUGCUUAGUUACUGAUUAUCAAACAUUUUUGUGCAAUAGAUUUUUUACAGUGAGUCCCCUUAAGUUCAUUGUAACUAAUCAAGUUGUGUGUUGCCUUAUCAAUAAAAAAAAAGUGUUUUCAA